UCAAAUCAACCAAACCAAAGAUCUUUUAAGAGCAGCCACGACUUUUAAAUCUAGCUCCAUACAACGCUUUGCUGCCGCUGCUACCGGGACUCAGUCUGCACGCCAGCACCCUCCUGCCGACAGUUCCGCCACCAUGGAGGACAUGAACAAGUAGAGCAACAUAGAGGAAUUCGCAAAGGGAACCAAGAUUAACACCAGCAAGAGUCAGGAUGACGGUAAAGUGUUCAUUGGAGGCUUGAGCCCAGGUACUUCUGAAGAGCAAAUAAAAGAAUAUUUUGGAGCAUUUGGAGAAAUAGAAAAUAUUGAACUUCCCAUGGAUACAAAAACAAAUGAAAGAAGAGGGUUUUGUUUUAUCACAUAUACAGAUGAAGAGCCAGUAAAUAAAUUAUUAGAAAGCAGAUACCAUCAAAUUGGUUCUGGGAAGUGUGAAAUCAAAGUUGCACAACCCAAAGGGGUAUAUAGGCAGCAACAGCAACAACAGAAAGGAGGAAGAGGAGCUGCAGCUGCUGGAGGAGGUGGUACAAGGGAUCGAGGAGGAGGUCAGGGCCAAAAUUGGAACCAAGGAUUUAAUAACUAUUAUGAUCCAGGAUAUGGAAAUUGCAAUAGUGCCUAUGGUGGUGAUCAGAACUAUAGUGGCUGUGGUGAAUAUGAUUAUCCUGGGUAUAACUAUGGGAACUAUGGAUAUGGACAGGGAUAUACAGACUACAGUGGCCAACAGAGCACAUAUGGCAAGGCGUCUCGAGGGGGUGGCAAUCACCAAAACAAUUACCAGCCAUACUAAAAGAGGACCUUGGAGAGAACAGGAGGAAAUGCUAAAGUAACCCAUCUUGCAGGACGAUGUUGAAGAUUGGUCUUCUGUUGAUCUAAGGUGAUUAUUUUGAAAAAUACUUUCUAGUGUACAAGACACAACUGUCCAACUAUAUAUAGCUGCCAG